AUGAACAAUUUUCUGGGCAACAAUAUUCAGCAGACAGUGCUUUUCGUGCUCUUCGCCAUUAAUGUACUUUUGUGCAUUUCCGAAGAGCGCGAUAUCUACUUGGUUCUACUUGAAGGCGAGCCGGCUGCAUUUCGUCAAGCUAAUUCGGCAUUUGAUAAACACGAAAAACAACAUCUUUUCGACAGAGAAGCUUGCGAUGCUCAUGCAAAGCGCCUGGUCGACUCGCAUAACGAAUUUCUACAAAGCACCUUAGAUGAAGGCAGCUAUAACAAGCUCUACAGCUUCAAACACAUAGUUGAUGGAUUUGCAGUCCACACCACCCAUUCUCAGGUUAAGAGACUCAAAGGAUCUCCUAGAGUAAAAAUUGUGGAGAAAGAUAGAGGAGCCAAGUUAAUGACGAGUCACUCACCGGAGUUUUUAGGAUUGCCGUUAGUUUGGACGGACGAGAAAGGCAAUGAUGGUUUUGAAAAUGCGGGUGAAGGGAUCGUGAUUGGUUUUGUGGACUCGGGCAUAAACCCACUUCAUCCGAGUUUUUCUUAUGAUCCUUCGAAACUGACUUUAGUCUCAAAUGGGUCUCGUUUUUCCGGGGCUUGCGAGGGAGGCCCACUUUUUCCCGAGACUUCUUGCAAUGGUAAAGUCGUUUCGGCUAGGUUUUUUGCGGCCGGAGCUCAAGCUGCAGCAGUUCUUAAUUCUUCUGUGGAUAUUUUGUCACCAUUCGAUUCGGAAGGACACGGAAGUCAUGUGGCCUCGACGGCUGCUGGGAAUUUUGGAGUUCCGGUGGUUGUCGAUGGCUUCUUCUUCGGUCGAGCCAAUGGGAUGGCGCCACGUGCAAGAAUUGCUGUGUACAAAGCUGUUUAUCCUACUGUGGGAACUUUAACAGAUGUGUUAGCAGCAAUUGAUCAGGCUGUAUUAGACGGAGUGGAUAUCUUAACACUCUCCGUUGGACCCGAUGCACCACCAGAGGACACGCUUACAUUCUUGAGCGCAUUUGACAUAUUCUUAUUAUCUGCACGAAAAGCCGGAGUCUUUGUUGUUCAGGCUGCUGGCAAUCUCGGGCCGGGCCCUUACAGUGUCGUUUCCUACAGCCCAUGGGCUUUUGGAGUUGCCGCCUGUAACACAGACAGAACUUACCCCGGCACUCUUACCCUUGGCAACGGUCAAAAUAUAGGCGGAGUUGGAUUGUCAGGUACUGUUAUUUUCACCAUUUACCAUAGUAAAAAUCCAAGAGAAGUUCAAUCUAAUAAUAUUUUCAAACCAGGUCCGAGUUUUGGAAAUGGAUUGAUUCAGUAUAGGCUGGUGCUGGCUCGGGAUGCAAUUAGGGUGAAUCGAACAUUUCCCAAGACUCCAGAUUACAUAGACGAGUGCCAGAGCUCGGAGGCGCUGGACCCCACAUUGGUGCAUCAAAGUGUAGUUAUCUGCACCUUCUCGACUGGUUUCUACAAUGGAACCUCGAACCUGACGGCCAUAAUUGACACAGCAAAGAUGCUCGGGUUCGCGGGUUUCGUGCUGGUGGCGAACCCUGAUUAUGGGGACUUUAUUGCUGAGCCUAUUCCGUUUUCUGAUCCUGGAAUAUUGAUCCCAAGGGCUAGUGAUGCAAAGAUCAUAUCUGAAUAUUAUGAACAGCAAACACAAAGAGAUAAAAAUGGGGUGGUUAUAAGGUUCAGUGGGAGGGCAGCUAUAGGAGAGGGCAGAACAGCUUCUUACACAGAAAGAGCGCCUGUUGUGAGCAGAUUCUCAUCGAGGGGUCCCGAUUACAUCGACCAAAAGAGGAACCCGACCGAUGUCCUCAAGCCUGAUAUUUUAGCUCCGGGCCACCAAAUUUGGGCCGCUUGGAGCCCCAUGAGUGUCCAGAACCCCAUCCUGUCCGGCUACAGUUUUGCACUUAUAUCCGGAACCAGCAUGGCAACACCUCAUAUUGCAGGCAUAGCUGCAAUAAUCAAGCAAAAGAACCCCUAUUGGUCCCCCUCAAUGAUUGCUUCAGCUAUGUCAACUACAGCCAGAAAACACGACAAUAGAGGAGAUCCAAUCAUGGCCGAAGGUUUUGCCGCCCACACACUGUAUCCAGCCGCCCCAUUCGGUUUUGGUGCUGGUCUAGUGGAUCCUGUCCGAGCCCUCGACCCAGGACUUGUCUUUUCAGCUGAUUAUGAAGAUUACCUCAAUUUCUUGUGCUCUCUACCAAAUACUGAUCCCGAGAAAAUCAGAAGUGCAACUGGAGGAACAUGUGCAGCUGCUUUUAGCAACCCUUUGGACCUGAACCAACCAUCGGUCACUGUAACUGCCCUUUCGGGAAUGAGAAUGACACAGAGAGUUGUUAAGAAUGUGGCAAGAAUACGAGAGACUUACCUGUGUGCCGUUUUCCCGCCAAAUGGAGUCACGGUUAAAGUGGACCCAUCAUGGUUCACUUUAGCUCCCGGAGAAUCCCAAAUCUUGGAGAUAAGAUUCCUUGUCGAUCGGGCGCUUGAUGACUUCAGCUUUGGGGAAAUUGUGCUCACAGGGAGUUUGAAUCAUAUUGUUAGGAUGCCGCUGUCAGUCUUCCCGAUUUCCGCUUGA